AUGGAAGAAGAAGCCAAAAACCAAAGUUUGGAGGAAGACUUUGAAGGACAGGCCACACAUACAGGACCCAAAGGAGUAAUAAAUGAUUGGAGAAAGUUUAAAUUAGAGAGUGAAGACAGUGAUUCAGUUCCACCUAGUAAGAAGGAGAUUCUCAGACAAAUGUCUUCUCCUCAGAAUAGAGAUGACAAAGACUCAAAAGAAAGAUUCAGCAGAAAGAUGAGCAUUCAAGAAUAUGAACUAAUUCACCGAGACAAAGAAGAUGAAAAUUGCCUUCGUAAAUAUCGUAGACAAUGUAUGCAGGAUAUGCACCAGAAGCUGAGUUUUGGGCCUAGAUAUGGGUUUGUGUAUGAGCUUGAGACUGGGGAGCAAUUCUUGGAAACCAUUGAAAAGGAACAGAAAAUCACCACAAUUGUUGUUCACAUUUAUGAAGAUGGCGUUAAGGGCUGUGAUGCUCUAAAUAGUAGCUUUACAUGUCUUGCAGCUGAAUACCCUAUGGUCAAGUUCUGUAAAAUAAAAGCUUCUAAUACAGGUGCUGGGGACCGCUUUUCCUCAGAUGUGCUCCCCACACUGCUCAUCUACAAAGGUGGGGAACUCAUAAGCAAUUUUAUUAGUGUUACUGAACAGUUUGCAGAAGAAUUUUUUGCUGGGGAUGUGGAGUCUUUCCUAAAUGAAUAUGGGUUACUACCUGAAAGGGAGAUACAUGCCCUAGAUCAGACCAACAUGGAAGAAGAUACUGAAUAA